CAGACGCCACCUUGCGGGGGCCAGUCCGAUCGCAGAAGUGAUCCCGAGGUGUUCACCGAUAGUCGGCGGUCGUCCCGGUUUUCACGCGAUAAAUUCUCGUCGUCGCUCCCGAGCCAGGCAGACGGUCCCGCGGUCACUGCUACUCCGUGAAACAGACGCAAUAUCGAUGGCGGGGCACUGAGAUCAUUGAGAGGUGACUGGAAGAUCUAGUCGCGCUCCAUAGAAUCACCAUCGAGGUAUCCAACCAGGUUACACGAGGAUCAUGAAAAUGGUGUUGUCUCAACGUCAGAGGGAGGAGUUAAAUAAGGCGAUCGCGGAUUACCUUAGCACGAAUGGCUAUCAAGAUGCACUGGAGGCAUUCAAGAAGGAAGCCGACAUGCCAGGAGAGGUGGAGAGAAAAUAUGGGGGCCUUCUGGAGAAAAAGUGGACUUCGGUCAUACGAUUGCAGAAGAAGGUAAUGGAACUGGAAUCUAAACUCUCCGAAGCGGAAAAGGAGUUUAUAGAAGGCGCGCCGACGCGCGGCAAGAGAUCGCCAUCCGAAUGGAUACCGAGGCCGCCGGAGAAGUUCAGUCUGACCGGACACAGAGCCCCAAUCAAUAGAGUUAUUUUCCAUCGUUUUAGUCUCGUAGUAUCCGCCAGCGAAGAUGCUACCAUUAAGGUAUGGGACUUUGAGAGCGGUGAUUUCGAAAGAACGCUGAAAGGCCACACCGACAGCGUGCAGGACAUUGCAUUCGACGCCUCGGGCAAGUUGCUUGCCUCCUGUAGCGCGGACAUGUCCAUCAAGCUGUGGGAUUUCCAUCAGUCGUUCGCUUGCGUCAAGACUAUGCACGGCCACGAUCACAACGUCAAUUCGGUCGCGUUUGUGCCGCAGGGUGACUUUGUAGUAAGCGCCUCCAGGGAUAAGACCAUUAAGAUCUGGGAAGUGGCGACGGGCUAUUGCGUGAAGACGCUUACGGGACAUAGGGAAUGGGUGAGAAUGGCGCGAGUCAGUCCUUGUGGUGAGCUCAUUGCUAGCUGCUCGAAUGAUCAAACUGUUCGAGUAUGGCAUGUAGCAACGAAGGAGACAAAGGUUGAGUUCAGAGAACACGAGCACGUGGUAGAAUGCAUCGCAUGGGCACCGGAGAGUGCGAGGGCGUCAAUCAACGCGGCGGCCGGGGCGGACAACAAGGGUGCGCACGAGGGGCCCUUCCUCGCUUCCGGCUCACGGGAUAAGAUGAUCCGCGUAUGGGACGUCGGCGCCGGAGUAUGCCUCUUCACUCUCGUUGGACACGACAACUGGGUGCGAUGCAUCGUCUUCCAUCCUGGUGGCAAGUUUAUCGUCAGCGCGUCCGAUGAUAAGACGCUGCGAGUCUGGGACACGCGCAACAAGCGAGUGAUGAAAACCCUAGAGGCACACGUUCACUUCUGCACUUCUGUCGAUUUCCACAAGAAUCAUCCUUAUGUGGUCACCGGGAGCGUCGAUCAAACGGUGAAAAUUUGGGAAUGCCGCUAGUCACCGAAUUUUAGAUUUUCCGUCAGACAUGUACGGAAGCGAACGGAAAUAUAAAAACGAGAGAAAAGACGAACGCGCGUUCAUUUUAAUGGAAUCGGCCGAAAGAGUAAGCUGCUACAAAAAGCUAUCGUACAUAUCUAUAUAUAUAU